AUGCUUGAAUUUAUAUAUUUAUACUUUUUUAUACUUAUUGUUCAAUUCUCAAACCAUGUAAAUGCAAUUACAUGCAGUGCUAACAAAUGCUUUGAUGUAAAAAUUAGUAGCUGCAACGAUAUUUUACCCAAUUAUACUGGAGUAAACACCCAAGGAAUUUGUGUUAGUGAUAGAGAGAAUUCUAUUAUAUAAUAUUGUGCUAAAAAUUCUAACUUAAUAUGCAUGAAUUCAUCAAAAACUAUGUGCAUUUUACUUAAUUCUAAUCCAAAUGAUGCUUUUAUAGGGAGUUAUAUGGAUAAUAACUAGAAUUUCAUUUGCAUUCAACAAACUGAUAUCUAAUUGAAGUCAAUUAACCCAUCUAGUAAAGAUAAUUAUAAUUGA